UUCAAGUCAUCCAAGCCGUUCAUCCAAUCAGAUUCGAGGAAGGAGAGACGACUCUUCCGGUUCCCGUCUCUCGCUGACAACCAUGCGGUUCCGUUUCUGUGGGGAUUUGGACUGCCCUGAUUGGGUACUUGCCGAAAUCAGCACAUUAGCUAAACUUUCAAGUGUCAAGAUGAAACUCCUUUGUGCUCAAGUGCUGAAGGAUUUACUCGAUGAGGGCAUUGAUUAUGACAAAGUUACAAAGCUUACCGCCGAUGCAAAGUUUGAGAGCGGAGACAUCAAAGCUAGCGUGGCGGUGCUCAGCUUCAUUUUCUCCAGUGCAGCAAAGCAUGAUGUUGACAGUGAGUCAUUGUCCAGUGAGCUGCAGCAGCUCGGUCUGCCUAAAGAACACACAACGGGUCUGUGCAAAUCAUAUGAAGACAAGCACUCUGCACUGCAAGACAAACUAAGAGAAACGAGCCUACGAUUGGGUCGACUGGAAUCUGUUUCCUGGCGUGUCGACUAUACCCUGAGCUCGAGUGAACUGAUGGAGGUGAACGAACCAAUAAUUCAGCUGAAACUGGAAGCACAAGGAGCAGAGUCAGGCUCUAGAGAGACGACUGUCGUCUCCGUCUCUGCUGACAAGUUCAGAGUCCUGCUUGCUGAGCUCAAACAAGCCCAGGCUAUGAUGAAUGCACUACAAUGAAGACUGGGAGAUGAAGUCAGGAUUUGAUGUCUGAUCAGGAACUGGACACACGUGAUGCUGAUAAACUACCAAAAGUGCCAAACUUGCAUCUUGUACAUUGUUUGAAUUUAGUAAUUUCAAGGCAAAGUGAGAAGCUCAUUCCUCAUUAUUUAGAUUUUUAAAAUACUUGUAUUUUUCCACCGCAUUACUAAUAAUUGAUGGAAAUGUUUCCUGACUGUGAUUUCUCACUGAUGAAAGAAUGCUGAAUGGACCAUUUUUGUAAAAUAGUGUAAUUAUGUUACAGAAUUUUUUCAUUAAAUUAACUAACACAUUUUGAUUUGUAUUGUAUGGGUAAUGUCUGUGUUACUUUAAUAAAGUCACAAAGAAAUAAAAUGUAAACCCUA